AUGGCCUUGUUAUUUUCUAAGUGGCCCACAGUUCCAAUUGCUGCCCCUAGAAUCAUGACUGAUGUGAGCAACAAAAUAAUCUUAGAUGGCAGCACUAACUAUGCUGAUUGGAGAGAUGAUGUUUUGCUGCAGCUCGGUUGUAUGGACUUAGAUUAUGCCUUGAGGGAUGAAAAGCCUCCUAGACCAAAUGAUGCCUCAAAUGAUAAGGAGGCAAAAGAAAGGUAUGAAUUAUGGGAGCGGAGCAACCACUUAUCUCUUCUGCUUAUACAACAAAGGAUCACCAGAAGCAUUAGGGAAGCAAUCCCUAAAUGUGAGAUAGCCAAAGGAUACCUAGAAGCGUUGGACAAGCAGUUCAAGCCAACAGACAAACAGAUAGGUGGUGCCAUCAUGUCUGAAUUAUGUGUUAUGAGGCUUACAGGCAUUGGUGGUGUGAGGCAACAUAUAAUGAAAAUGAGAGACCUAGCCUCUCAGUUGAAAUCCUUUGAAAUGGAACCUACCGAGCAGUUCCUAGUGCAAUUGAUCUUAAACUCACUUCUUGCUCAAUAUGAUGCUUUCAAGGUCUUGUACAACACACAUAAGGAGAAAUGGUCAGUGGAUGAAUUGUUGUCCAUAUGUGUUCAAGAAGAGACUAGAUUGCUGAUGAGUGGAAAGGAUGCACAAAAGGAGGCUCAUUUAGCAGAAAGUUCCAAGGCUGACAGCAGAAGGGGAAAGAAAGAAAAGAAGGAGAAAAAGAAAAAGGAGAAAAUCCUUGCUGUUUGA